UGACACAGAUACACACUGGAAUCAGUGAAGCCGGCUCAGAUAGCAGCUCUCGCUGGCUCCGCGGCCACCUCCCGGUGCCCAGACAAUGGCCAACAGGACGAACGCCUCCAUCCCCUACGACAGCUAUGAGUACUACUUGGACUACUUGGACCUCAUUCCCGUGGACGAGAAGAAGCUGAAAGCCAACAAACAUCUGGUCGUCAUUGCCUUUUGGGUGAGCCUGGCUGCCUUUGUGGUGCUUCUGUUCCUCAUCUUGCUCUACAUGUCCUGGUCAGGCCCCCUCCAGGUGAGGAACCACCCCCAGCACCACCAGACGUGCCCAUGGAGUCACAUCCUCAACCUCCCGCUCUGGGUCCGGGGACGCCCCACACACCCCAGGGGGUCCCUGGGGUCGUCGCAGGUGCCGAGCCCUGUAGAGGAACCGGGAUGCAGAGGCUCUGCCCCUGACCAGCAGCUGGAGCGGGAGGGCGCCCCAUCGCCCCCCCGGCCCACCCGGCUCUCCUCUGGGAACUGACCCGUGAUGGGGGCCACCAUGGUGUCAGCUGACAUCAGGAACAAGACCAGCAGCCUUCCGGAGACGGAACCUCUCCAUGGGAGGACUGAUGCCAGUAAGUCGCAGCCAGAGCUGAGUGAACUGUGAACUCAAACCAACUGGACACACUUGUCUUUCCAAAGCCCGUUUCCAUGGAGCAGAAAGCACUACUAGAUCAAGAAUCAGGAAGCCAAGAAAUGUGCAUUUAUCAAAGGCUCGCAGGCAACCCAGGUAGCAUAGGAAAAGUUGUCCUGAAUAUUGCUGAUUUUAUUUAGUGCAUUUAAUUAACCUGCUUGCUUACUACUUAGGUUCGCUUUGGGAAUG